AUGGCGAAAGGCCGCGGCGGGCGGGCUGUGAGCGCGGCCGCCCGCGCGGGACAUGGCUCAGGCGCCGCCCUUCCCUCCCUGCUCCUAGGCAAGAACAUGCCCAAGGCCGGCGCGGAGCACGCGAGCCCCGAGAGCGCCGACAGGAAGGGCCCGGGCCGCCCCCGGGCCGGCGGGGAGAAUGUGUUUAUUGGUCAAUCCAAAAUCUACAGCUACCUGAAUCCUAACAAAUCUUCUGGUGCUCGUCCCCCACUUCAAGAGGAGAACUCUGUCAUGUAUCACGAGGUGAAAUGUCAGGGCAAAACACUAAACCAAUCCUACAGAAAAGGAGAUGAAAAAAAGAAAGGUGGCAAAAUAAUUGAAGGUGCUAUGAAACCAGAAGACCAGAAAGAUAAAGCAAGUGGGCGCAAUUCUUCAGCACCUUCUUCUCAUCAAAAGCAAGAAACUGCAGAAACUCGAAAUACGGCUCUGCCUUCAGAGUGUGCUGAUGAGGCCAAUGCAAAGCCAGCCCAAAAAAAGAUGGUUAAAGCAAAACGUGGACCAAGGAGAAAAGCACAAGGAAGAACACAAAAUCGAAAAGUGACAGAUUAUUAUCCAGUUAGAAGAAGCUCCAGGAAGAGCAAAUCUGAAUUGCAGACUGAGGAGAGGAGGAAAAUAGAUGAACUAAUCACAAGUGGGAAAGAAGAAGGAAUGAAGAUUGAUUACAUUGAUGGCAAAGGGAGAGGGGUAAUCGCUACUAAACAUUUUAAUCGAGGAGAAUUUGUAGUUGAAUAUCAUGGGGAUCUCAUAGAGAUCACUGAUGCUAAAAAGCGAGAAGCUGUGUAUGCUCAAGACCCAUCCACAGGCUGCUAUAUGUACUAUUUUCAGUACCUCAGCAAAACAUACUGUGUCGAUGCUACAAAAGAAACUAAUCGCCUGGGAAGACUGAUUAAUCACAGCAAAUGUGGCAAUUGUCAAACAAAGCUUCACGACAUCGAUGGUGUACCUCAUCUCAUACUGAUAGCUUCCCGAGACAUUAAAGCAGGUGAAGAACUGUUGUACGAUUAUGGAGACAGGAGCAAAGCUUCCAUUGAAGCUCAUCCAUGGCUGAAACACUAACUCCUCUUUUUUGUUUUGACUGAGUGCUCUAAAGAGUCGUUGGAUUUAUUUCUCCUGUCCUCACCUCCCUCAGCUUAGUGGACUGCUUUUGGUGUUUUGAGCUCCUUAAAACUGUAUUUUUGCUUUGCAGUAUUUAAGUACCUAUUGCAGGUUUCCAGGCAGGCUUGAAUAAUUGAUCUUAGAUUGCCAGAAUUUUUAUAUUGUGUAAGGAAACUCCAUAAAACCUGAACACUUUUUUGCAUAGAGUAACCAGUGCCACCUGGGCAUGCAGUCGAAGACUUGCACAGAUUGAAACUCAAUCACUUGGGUUGUACUUCUGCUUUUGCAGUGAAAACUCCUGCUCCACUUUGUGAGGAGAUGAAUUUGGCGUUAGCUUUAUGACAGCAGAUGUUCUUCUGUACUCAUGUAUCUUACAUCCAAUGGCUUGACUACUUGUCAGACUUGCUUUUGAAACCCAGUCUGGCAAGCUUUUCUGAGAUGGACGCUAUUAUUUCUAUCAUUCUCAAAUUUGUGGUAGGGAUCUAAUUUUUCCAGAGUCAUUAUCUCAUGUUGGCCAUGGAGCUUCAAAUGCACUGGCACUGGGGAAGAUGGAUGGUCAGACUGACUGCCUUCUUCAGAGAAAUUGAAUGUGGAUGGAUUUUGAUAGACUGGGUUGAUGCUGAUUAGAAACAUGAAGAUAAAAUUUAGUCAUUACAGUGAGAAUCAAUUUUUGACAUUAUUUUCUAAAGUUUGAGAUGGUACCUUUUUAUAGGUGAUGGCUGAUUCUCGGAGGUGCCUCCUGGAGGGUUUUAAAGAAGCAAAAGGAAAAUCUUUCUCAAAAAAUUAUUACCUCCCUAUGUUAAUUAGCCACAUCAGAAGCUAUUUAUUUACUGUGAAUGCUUGAAGUAGAGCAUAGUGGUUCCAAAACCAGGAGUCAUCUUCAUAUGCAACUUCAAACUGUAAUGAUGGAGUUCAUGCAAUGAAGAACAUAGAUUCCUUAUUGCCUGGUCCUGUAGGUCUGUCCAGCGUGAUCUGGUCCCACUGUCGGAAAGGGGAGCUGUGCUCAGCGUCUUGCAGAUGUUUUUAACAGAGCUAUUGGAGAACCAAAUCUGGGAUAUAGGCGGGCAAUACAAUGGAGGUCCUUUAUGUUAAAGAUGAAUUCUUACCAGUUGGAAUUUUUGCCAAGGCAGGCUUGGCACGUGUGUAGCUGAAGAUGGCUGUGAGCCAUCAGCCACACUUGCUGCUGGAAAAUGUCAGCAUGGGGUCUGUGGCUCUGUAAAUGUUUUCUGCUUCUCAUGUCUUGAAGGCUGCUGCUGUUCCAGCAAAUGCCCUAUAGGACAAUCUUAUAUGCUUGCCUAUGUGAUAGGUCAGAUAGCAGCAACAUCC